GGGCUUCGUUCGGCUCUUCGAUGCUUCGAUACACGACACGACGGACUGUGGCAUCUCUCACUUUGCGCCAGUUCAGCACGAAGUCUACCGCCAGAAUGAAGCACCAUCUCAUGAUUGGGACGUGGACUCCACCUGGAGCAAUCUUCACGGUAGCAUUCGAUGAUGAAUCUCUCUCUUUGGAGCUUGUCAAACGAACAGAGAUCCCGGAAGACCAACCCAUAUCCUGGAUGACCUUCGAUCAUGCUCGAAAAAACAUCUAUGGAGCCGGCAUGAAGAAAUGGGGCUCCUACGCAGUCACUUCGCCCUCCGAAAUCUCCCACAGCAAAUCACUCUCCAUGGGCGGACACCCAAGAGCCAAUGAUACUGAUACCAAAACCCGCGCAAUAUUCGUUCUAGCAGCACAGCAGCCCCCCUACGCUGUUUAUGGAAACCCAUUUUACGACCACGCAGGUUUCCUGAACGUACAUUCCGUCGACUCCAAUGGAGCUCUGUCAGAAAACAUUCAAGACGCCCCGUUAGAUGAGCGGUCUGCGAUCCACGGAAUGGUCUUCAAUUCCACAGAGACAUAUCUCUAUUCAGCUGACAUGUGGUCCAACAAAAUAUGGACACACAAGAAACUGGCCGAUGGAACACUAGAGCUCGUCGGAAGUGUCAUCGCGCCUGCUGCCAAUGAUCAUCCACGCUGGGUCGAAAUUUCGAAGAACGAUGCGUAUCUGUAUGUUCUCAUGGAAGCUGGGAAUCGUCUCUGUAUAUAUGUGAUCGAUCCGGAAACCCACCUCCCCACCUGGACACGUACCUCGUAUCCUCUCAUUCCACCGGGUAUGGAUGCUUCAUUCCCGAAAAUGUAUCGAAGUGACGUGGUGUUCACUUCGCAGUCUGGAGAGUACCUGUUCGCGACGAGUCGAUCAAAUUCCCCAAAAUUGACGGGAUAUAUUGCUGCUUUCAAGCUGGGGAAGGAAGGGCAAAUUGAAAGGCAGAUCUGCUUGAACCCUACACCGACGAGUGGAGGACAUUCGAACGCGGUGAGUCCUUGUCCAUGGACGGAUGAAUGGUUGGCGCUGUGUGAUGAUGAGCAGGGCUGGGUGGAGAUUUACAGGUGGAAAGACGAGUUCCUAGGCAGGGUCGCGCACUUGGACAUCAAAGAACCAGGAUUUGGCAUGAACGCUAUCUGGUAUGAUUGAGAUACAGGUAUACAUGAAGAAUUCAGAUAUAGAUGAUCGGCGUGACGUAGAUCCGAUGGAGACAGUUUGCACUGAGCAGCGUCUUCUGAUACAAGAGGCUUUCUC